AUCGCACAACCAAUCAGAACAUACAGAUAGGACGUCAAUUACACUAGAUAUUUGACUGUGACGAUGUUGGUUCAUAUAGCCAUUGUCUCAAAGUAGAAUAGGUUUCGUUGAUGGACAAGAGCUGAUAAAAGAUAACCGCGACAGUAGCAUUUGAUCCUCUGUAUGGAAAACAUCUCUAUAGUGGUUGUCGGUCGGGAACGACCUAAUUGAAUCAAUUGAACAAGCGUCUUCCGUUAAUUUGCGGGUCUGUAGAGUGCGUGUGUCUGCUAAAGUUUGUGUGAUGCUGGUGAUGUGGAUACCGGAGUUCGAUAUUCGAUGAUCGUUUACGCUGACUUUAAAAUGAACAGAUUACAAACAUGUAUUAUACUGGUGUUAUUCAGUUCUGUAUCUGCUAAGCAGAUGACGGAUAUUGAAGCUCUUGCAUCAACGCCAACUAGAUGUACCUAUGAAUAUGCGUAUGAUAUGUACGGGGCCCACUGCGGUGGUCUCAGACUAAGUAAGAUACCAAGUCUUAGAGCUGGAAUAGAGAUCCUUGACUUCAGCGACAAUAAACUACAAGAAAUUCACGAUGACACAUUAUCUUCGUAUACCAGCAUAAAGUUCCUAUAUCUGUCAGAAAACCAAAUAUACUCUAUCGACGAGAAUGCAUUCUACUACCUAACUAAUCUCCAAACUCUAGAUCUGUCUAAGAACGUUAUUCUGACCCUGCCAGAGUCGAUUUUCCACUUGCCAACCUUGCGUAAUCUAUAUUUACACGGAAACCCACUGCUGCAUAUUCGUUUAAGCAACCUUCAAUUGACUAAGCCUAUAAAAGCCCCUUUAGAACUUUUGGACUUAUCAGAGUGUAAGUUAAAAGCUCUACCGGACUGGGGUAUUUUGCCUCAACUACUUCUAUAUAAUAUCUCACACAAUCCUUUAACUUCUCUCGAGGCCCAGCACUUUAGUUCUAUGUGCAAGUUAUCAAAAGUGGAUCUGACAGAAUCUAUUGACAGUCUACAGUUAUGCGACAUGAGAGCAACAAUAUCGUGGUUUCAGCUCAAGAACAUUUACUUUCAGUUAGCAGAUUACACCAGGCUUAAUUCUCGAGAGUUUGAGCACUGUACAAAAGAGGAACUGCCUAAUAAUCUCAACAUAACAUAUCAUCAAUGCCAAAAUCAAUACACACAGGCUCAGAUAAUAAAGUCUUCACGUCGUACAUGGCUCACCAUCGGUGGUGGCUUGGCAGGAUUCCUCGUAGGAUUUGUCUUAUUCCUUUACGUCAUGCACAGACAUAACGUAGCACAAACGAAAAAGCUCGAUAAGGAGACUAAGAAAAUCCCUCCAGAUGGCGACAAACAAGCAUCUACCGUCCUUUUAAAUGAUGUAGCAUAACUUAAAGGCCUACUUUUCUAUUAAGUUUCGUAUUAGUCAUAUGCGCCGGCCAAAAUGGUUUACAUACAUACUUUAUAAAGUAUAUAAAAACUAAAUCUAUUCUAUCAGUCCAUUUGCACUUAUUUAACUGAAUUGCUCUUUCGUCUCUUUGAUGAAGAGUGAGUAUUUUAGUGAAUACGAUGCAAUAAGACUGAUUUUUUUUAAAUAAGUAAAUAAAUAUAUACCCAUAUUGGAACUUCAAUGUGUUAGACGACUAUUGAGCAUUGAACGACCUAUCCCAAAGAGUUUAAGUUAUUUUCCAGAAAUCUUUAUUGCAAUUGUGUAAAAGAUAUUUGCUACUAACCUUAGUCAUGUGACUGUGUAAGAAAAAAUAUUUUACCCAUAGGAGUAAUGAAUAUGCGAGGCUUAAAAGGCUGACUAGAAUAACAUAUUUCAAAUAUUGGUGUAUAGGUGUGCCAUGUUUGCGUAACUUAUAUAAUAAUAUUAGUACCACUUUAAUAUAAGUUAAUUAUGGAUUUUAAAUGAAGUUAAAGAAUCUCCGCGUUUACAGAAACACCUCAUGGUUUAAUAAAAAUUAUUGUAUAAUAUAAAACAAACAUAAUUUCGUAUUGAUUUAAUUAAUUUAUAUUUUCAAAAACGUCUGAACGCAGGUGUGGAAAUUUACUUGAAUAAGAAUUUAAUUUAUUAACGGAUAGAUUUUGUUUUGAAUGAAUUGGAUUGUUUAUGCCAAAGAAGUUAUGUUUUUAUAAAGGACAGUUUAAUAUUAAGUUUAAGGGUUAAUAUUCACUUGUGACAUGUUUAACUAAUUCUCUGUGAUAAACAUAAUAUUAUCAAAGAUUAAAAAUAUUUUAUUUA